AUGUAUUUUGCAGUGAGUUGUCAGCAGUAUUUAGAAGAUAGUUACCAGACCAGUGGAGUGUACCGAUUAUUUGUCGAUGGUCCUUGUAAAAGACCAGUCAAGACUAUUUGUGACCAGUCGAAACUUUACGGAGGAGGAUGGACUCUUCUGGUAAUAUAAACUUUCUACGCCACUUUACGUAUGAAAAUGGGAAUAAAGUAAGAUGGCAAAAUAGGGUCCAUUUGUAGGGCAUACUGGUUCUAACUAGAACUGCCCUGGAUUGCCCCAUGUAAGAGAAACCAAGAUUCUGGAUUUUACGCCGUGGAUUCUGGAUUCUAGGUACUGGAUUCCACCCCACAAGCAUUCGGAUUGAAUGAACUGGGUCUCGAGAAAUUGGACAAAAUUUUACGUUUGACCAUUCAAAUGAAACCUCAUUACUAGCAGCUGCAGUGUUUUUCUAAGUUAUUAGUUCAAUAUGACGUUCGCAUACUUUCUUGAAUUUAAGUUCUGAACAGCACUUCUAAGAGUUGAAUGAAUAAACUGGGAAGUGAGUAGAAACCCGUCGUUUGGCAAGCCUGAAUAGAUCUAGAAUAAUGGAGUGUUUUUCUGAAUUUGAAAAACUGAACGCUGCAAACUGAUAACGUUAUUUGCUUUUUUUUUUGGGGGGGGGUUAAGACAUGUUAUAUUUGUGACCAAGUUCUAUUCUCGAUUACAAAACAAAUGUUGAUCUAUGAAUGACUAUAUAUCAUCUUUGAACGAAAUGAAAUCGUGUGUCAGAUUGAGGUUGGAAACCAACUCGUUUUUUUUCAUUUUCCAACCUUUAGGUGCAAGUCAUUUCUAACAGUGGAUGGAACCAAGGAACAGUGUUUCAAAGAAACUCUUAUGCCAGUGCUCGCAAAUUAAAACAGUCGGAUUUCUCCAUUUUAGGAAAAGCGAAUACCAUUAAGUCUGACUCACUUAAUGAAAGUCCCUUCUAUUACCGGCUUGAUGCAAAAGAGGUUGGCCGCUGGGGCGGAGUAUGGCAGGCUCCAAAUCACUACACUUUUACCGGGACAUUUAGCAAUUUAACUGGUGUAUCUUUGAUAAAAAAGUUCGACAACUGGACAAGCGGUCCUUUUGCUAUUAGCAACCGCAUGCCUUGGUUACCGAAAGGGGAUGAGUUUGCAUUGCUGACUACAAACAGCAGAAUGAUACAAGAAAUUCCCUGGGGUACCAUAGUGACCCGGAAGAAUUGGCCUUCACCCUGGAUAUAUGAAAAGAUGCCUUUCCCUAGGCGAAUAUGGUACUGGUUAAAAGAGAACAAGAAAGGUAUGUGUUUUUAUUGGCUAGCAAGAAAAAGUGUAGACCGGUAUCCAUACCGCCUACCAAGCAAUAAGUUUGUGGAAUAUCCUAUUUUAGUCGCAUAAACCUCGGCCUUAGCGCCAUAUACUCGCAUGCCGAUAUAAUGUGGACAAAAAUUAAUUAAGGUGCUGUGACGGUCGCCUGGGCAAGUAGGCCAUUUCCGAGUGCCUCAAGUCCUCGUUUCUAAGCGAGGCUAACUGCGAAGCCAGAGAUAUGUUUUUUUUUCUGUAACCGAAAUAUGAAAAUAUUUUUUUCUUCUCACGCAAAAAACUCAUUUGCACAAAAAAAGGUUUUGCACUUAGCCUCGUUUUGAGAGUGAGAAUUUUUUGCCUAUUAAAGGACACCCAAAGCAGUAAAACCUUACAUACAUACAUACAUACAUACUUUAUUGGCUCGUCCCCACGGGGCUUUUCAGAGUCAAUUUUACAUUACAAAAUUAUAAACCAAGUACAUGACAAUAAGAAUAUAACAAUGAUAAAAGAAGACAAAGGUCAAUAAAAUUAAUAAAAUUAAUUAAAUAAAGCAGUCAUUAAGAAGCUUUUGCCUGAGUGAACACUUGAAUUCCGUCACGGAUGGGCUAAGUUUGAGCGCAGGCUGCAACUCAUUCCAGAGAGAGGUUGCUCUAUAUUGAAAGGUCCUUUGGCCGCUGGCAGUGCGGAAGAGUGGUAUGUUCAAAAGUUGAGAAUUUCUCGUGUUCCUUGUCGAGACGGCGGAUCUUCCAACGAGCUUUGAUGUCAAAUACUCCGGAGCACAACUCGUCAUGCACUUAAAAACCAGAACAGCAAAACGAAAAUAAAGUUGUUGCCUGAUUGGUAGCCAGCGCAAGUCUUUUAGCAAAGGAGUUAUGUGAUCGAAUUUUUUAGCGCCGCUCAAAAUACGACAAGCGAAAUUCUGUACUGCUUGGAGCUUGUCCAGAUUAGUUUGAGUAGUAUUGCUCCAAACAGAAGAGCAAUAGAAUAAUUUACUAAAUACUAAGGCAUUUAUAAUAAUAAUUAGCGCGUGUUUAUUAAAAAUAUGCUUAACGCGGUUAAUUUGGCCCAAACGUGACAUGCAUGAGGAUACAGUAGAAACAAUAUGCUCAUUAUAUGUUAAGUUAGAGUCCAGUGUGACACCAAGGUCUCUUGCAGCCUUAACGGGCUCGAGUUCCUUCCCCAAUAGAAAUAGCCUAAAGUCGCUAACCUUAGCAGUCAUUUGCCGGCUGCCGAAUAUCACUAGUUUUGUUUUAUCUGGGUUGAGUAAAAGCUGAUUAUCAAAGCACCAAUUCCUAAUGCUUAACAAGUCCUUGUUCAUUUUUUUCUAUCGUUUCGUGCUGAUCGCGGAGUUGAAAUGACAUGAGAAGUUUGGUAUCGUCGACGUAACACUGCGAUGUACAAUUUUCUGGCACAGAAGGGAGAUCAUUAACGUAGAUGUUAAAGAGUAAUGGGCCAAGGAUGCUCCCUUGUGGAACGCCAGAGCUAACAGGUAGUUUGGUCGACAGAGUUGUAUUUAUUCGCACAAAUUGGUAUCGCGAGGUUAAAUAGCUUCCGAGCCAUUUUAUCGCAGGUCUGGACGCACCAAUGUCCUGUAACUUAGCGAGGAGUAUUUGAUAGUCAAUACUGUCGAAAGCUUUGCUUAGAUCAAGAAGGACAACUGCAGUCAGUUUCUUUUUGUCAAUGGCAUUUAGGAUUUCGUCAGUUGUUUGAAUGACAGAUGUUUCCGUUGAAUGCCACUGUUUAUUUCCGCUUUGUUUGGAUGAUAAACGGCCUCUCGAAAGUAGAUAUGACGUAAGUUGAUUGUGAACGACACGUUCACAGACUUUAGAAAGGACAGGGAGUAAUGAAAUCGGUCUAUUAUUGUUUGGAAUAUCGUGGUCUCCAGCCUUGAGUAUCGGUGUCACUUCAGCUGUUUUCCAGGCCAAAGGGAAGGUGUCAAACUCAAAGGUAGCAUUAAUAAUAGACGUUAACGAUGGCAAGAUAGCAGGCAAACAAUCUUUGAUCACAUGGAUUGGGAUUUUAUCAAUCCCAGGGGCCUUACCACUCGCCAUUGAUGUGACAAUUUUUUGUACCUGUUCGCACUUCACUGCGUUGAAGGUGAACUGCUCUGACAAUGGGUAGAUUCUCGGAAUAAAUGAACAUUGAUUAAGAGUAUAAUUCGAUUCCUCUGCCAAUUUAGCAAUUCUGUUGAUGGUACUCUUUCCUACAGAGGAAAAGAAAUUAUUAAAUUCAUCAGCAACAAUUUUGUCAUCUUUGGAAUAAUUCCUUUGAGAAGCGGACUUCUUGGGUAUGCACAAGCGGAUUGCUCUCCAGAGGCAAUUAGAGUUGUUUUUGUUGUUUACAACUUGCUCCGCGAUGAAUAUUUUCUCAGCCGUCCUUAUUUCAUGUUUGACUUCGCGACAAAGGUUUUUGUAUUCAGACCAAGCAUGUGGAACCUUAAUAGGGUAUUCGCUGUAAUCCGUUCUAUAGCAAUCCCUCAACUAUAUUUGCUGGAAAAAUAUUAAAAGGUAUGAAUUUUAAAAAGCGGUGAAGUGUAGAAACUGGAAAGGAAAACUUUUUCUGCGAAAAAUGUUAUCGAAUGAACUUUUCCGUGUAAACCUCCCCCAACGGAAAACUAACAACCUGUUCGAAUCAAGGUCAAAGUCGUUAUGAUCUAAACCUUCUAUUUUGUACUAACAACUUGCUCUAACAGCUCGUGUAAUAUAAACGUUUUUUUCUCUUUUAGCAUAUAAGGAGCCAGACGUUGGUUGCCCAGUUCAACUUCCUUUGCCAGGUACUGACUUCCAUCUGAGCCAAUUAACCUGAUAAAUCCUUCCUUAACUCAUGAAAAGGAGUUUUAAGCAGUUAAUAUGCUGCGGCUCUAAUCUGAUUUAAAUAUAAAUUAUCAACGAAAUAAAAGAUCAAAGAUAAGACUCGAAAGAUAAAGAUAAAAGUUUCAGUAGAGACAGCAAAGACAUCCAUUACACAGGAGAUGGACUUGGAACCAGUGUGAAACAACUCUAGUAUUCAGGAAUCUGUUUCACUUCUUGUGCGCGAAAAACGUUAUCGUACUUUGCGUAAGAAGCACCAUGGUGCAGAAACGUGUUGCUACUGAAGCACUUUCCUUUGGUGUUUUAAAAUUUCACAGUCAAAAUUAAUUAGCAAUAGGUUACGAUUUUCUUUACCAUAAUCUCUUCCUUCCUUAGUUGAUGGUGGAUACAACUCAUGGUCAGCUUGGAGUGAAUGUAGCAGGACGUGUAGCACAGGGUUCAAAGUCCGCGGGAGGUUUUGCAACAAUCCACGCCCCGCCAACGGUGGAAAAGAUUGUUCCAAGCUAGGUCCUCCACGUGAGACACUCGUGUGUAAGCCAUGGCCACCAUGUGACGGUAAGUAUAUCUCCCCUCCUCCUCCCCCCAUGUAAAGGAAUUCUGGAUUCCAUUCCAUAGUUUCCGGAUUCCAUAUACUGGAUUCCGGAUUGUUUGUCAGUGGAACUUGGAUUCCGGAUUACAAUUGUUAGUGGGAUUCCUGAUUCCUUUAGCUUUAUUACGGAUUCCAAAGUCCAGGAUUAUCGAUUUCCUGGAUUCCGGAACCCGGAUUCCCUUACCUGAUGGUGGGCGAUAUAUCCUCAACAGGGACCUUAAGGAAGGACGACGACGACGGCAGUGAAAACACCGGUAAAAAAAUGAAUUUGCGUUCUUCCAAACUUAAUCACGUCUAUUUGGACCCACUCAAUAUGUCAAAUGCAGGCGACUUUUCCUGGAGUUGAAUUCUUAAGGAUUUUAUUCAGGUUAAAAAAGAUGAAGGAAAAUUCGUCGUCGUAUGUCCACGUCCUCCAUAAAACGUCAAAUUAGGAGGUUUCACGUCGUAGUCGUGCAGUGGACGUCAAAGAAAUGUACUAAAAAGCGUGACGCACGUGCAGAGUUGUUGUUUUGGUCAUUAAAUCUAUUGUUGUUUUAACGUCGUCGUUGUGGUCGUCGUCGUAGUUGCUUAAGCUCCCUAAUAACGGCUGGUCAAAAACCAGCAACAAGCUCACAGACCCACACUACUGAAAGCCAGUUAGCCGCAGCUCUUAACAUACAAACCGUGGAUUUGGCUUGUAUUACAUGGAGUUUAUUUCAUGGCACUCAUGGCAUGAAUUCCUGUAGGGUUAACCUUGGACAUAAAUGGGCCUAAAUAAGUUUGGCCAUUAUAAGAGUUAAUGUCAAUAAAUUUAAAUACCUUACAUUUAAUGUUGGCCAUUCGAGGAGCUCAAAAAUUCGCUCUUAAUUAACAGAGAAAAUGUAAGCACCAUGUUAAGUAAUCAAGACAGCUUUAGAUGCUGGAUUUCUUACUGUGGAUUGCUGAUUCCAUGUCUGUGGAACUUGGAUUAGGGAUUGGAAUCGUCAGUGGGAUUCUGUAUUCUUCGAGCUUAAUUCCGGAUUCCACUAAAAUACCUUAAUUGUGAGUUUGUUUCAAAGCCUUAAAGUUACAAUUCCUUACUUUUAUUUGCAAUGACACUUUCCUGCUCAGGUUUCCCUAAGCACAGCCCACUUCGAAGUUCUAACGGAUUAUGUUUAAGUCCAAAACAACACUCAUGUACUGCCAGUGAAUCAGAGCCCCUUGUAUUCGACUCGGAUUGUAUAAGCGACUCUACGUGGUUUCUACUACGCGACGACGGUAUUCUCCAGCACGCAUGCUCAGAGAUGUGUGUUAGGCCCCUGAACAGUCGUGGCGUGCCUAUUGAGUGGACCCCGGUGGGGCUGUCAUCUUAUGCCUGUGAUGACCACACUCAAAGGUCAGAUUUGUAUUACACGUUAAAAGCAAUAAAGCGGAAUUAAGAAACUAUGAUCAUGGGCACCCAACGACUUUUUUCCAGUGUGAAAUAUAUGUUCGAAGGAGCGAACAUUGCCCAGAAAUUUAGAAAGCUCGCGAAAAGCUAAAACAUUUUGGGUAUCCGUUCCAUUCGUCUAAGAUAUUUGGAGGUUACCUACUGCCCCAGCUACGAUUUUCCGAGGUUGUAUUAUUCACAUUUUAUUACCAAGAUAUGGCGAAUAUUGUCAAAAUACAAGGUCUCCUGAAAAUUUUGGUAUAAAGAGAAAACGAGAGAAAUGAAGGCAGUUAGACUUCUUUGUUAUGUGUACUUGUGGAAUUGACGGUGCAUAACGCUCAAUAGCACUUUGUGCCAUUAAUUCAUUCCGUCACAAUUUGUACACAAAAAACAAAGGAUUUGUGCACCGUGUGAGAGCUCCCAUCAUAAACUGCAGCACUGUUGUUUUUAUCUUUGCUGUUCGCCGCCUUUUAUAAUCAGUCUCCUCUACUAUGUUUAAAUACAAAUGGCCAAAAAAAAAAAAAUAUGAUAGAGGAUAACCUUCUAGUUUGAGUUAAGUACCCCCUAUUACCCUUAUAAAAUAAUUGCAGAAAUGGUCUCUAACUUUAACACAAACCUUUCUAUCUGGUUGUUGUUAGAUUUCAAAAGACUCAAGGCAUGGCUCAUGGUAAAGCCAUUCAAUAUCGUACUGGGGGAAUGUGCUUACAGUCCAUCAGCGGCAACACCCCAGCUAAGGGAGAUAUUGUGUCCUUGGGUAAAAAAUGCAUGGAGGGAUCAGACGCGUACGACAGGGUGUUCACAUUCCCACAUCCUGGUAAAUGUUUCUCUUCGUUAUUGCGUUUGAGGUACGAGAACGCAACCCCUAAUUUCUGUUGAGCUUCUUUGCAUUAUUGGGUGUCCUGUGCAAUUAAUAAGCGAGGUUUUUUGGGAUUGCAUUUGUGUCGACACACAUUUGCCUCGCUUUGAGGCGCUUGCUUACGUUUUGCCUCACUUUGACGCGCUAACUCACAUGGUGAUUCACCUUUCAAACGUUUGCUGAGGUCUGCUAUUCUGUCUCCGUAAAGCGUUCAUCUUCUAAAAGUUUGCUGAAUCUACGUGAAGCGCACAUAUUUCAAGAGUUUGCUGAAGGUCUACUAUCGAUCUGUGUUUGCUGAAUCUUCCAAAACGUUUAUCUUUAAAAAGUUUCGGCGGCCGUUGUGCCACAACGAUCGCUGGAGAAUGGUUUCCAUACGAUCGCUGAACUUUUUUUUCUCAGCGAUUGUAACGAUCAUAUGGGGACCGGGCUUAAUCUAUCGCAAUAACUAUCCACCCUUCCUCCUCAACUGCUACCUGUCUGCCUGACAAACAUAAUGAACGCACUCUCCUAAGCUCCCAUUACUCCUAGUAAAUAGGACAAGAUAUUCUCAAUACUAAGUGGAGCGCGCUCGUGAGCGUCAUUUUGGCGGGAAAACGUGAUAGCCGUCGUCGUUCUACGAUGGGUUUUGGUCAAAAUGUCGUAGUAGAGGAAACAAGUUAUCAAAUGUUUGAAGUUUUAUCAUUUCACGUUCGGAAGAGGACUUACCCUCCUACAAUAAAAAUAACCAUGCUAACUUUUCACGUGAAAAAAAAAAAGAACUAUGGAGCUUUCUGGGACAAGAUAAUAAUCCUAUCAGUAUGGAUCAUUAUACGUUUCUGGGAAACUGCCCACCUACCCCUCCCCGAAACCGACAUUAAAACUUACCUCUCUCUUAGGGCAAAAUGUUGGCUUAAGGGAGGGGUAGGUGGGUAGUUUCCCAGAAACGUAUAAUGAGAAAAUCCCGUCCCCGUAGUCGUCCUCGUCUUCGAAUCUAAAGGUCUCUAAUAACUUUAAAAAUUAGUUAUAUUAGGCUAACCAAUUUCGGGCGGAUUCAAAGCCAGAUAUUAUCUCCUUUAACACUUAUUCGCGCGCUCAUUUUUGAAAGUUGAAUUUUCUGGUUUCUCCUCCCCCCCCCUCAAAGAACAACAAAGAUAUUUCAGCCGAGUGUUAGCGCACGCAGUGUUUUCGUAGAUACGAGUAUACUCCUGAUCAUUUGGUUGCUCAGUAUUUUACAUCACCACACAACUAUUUUAGAUUGUGCCUAUGGCCUGCAAACCGGCCUGAUGGGUGACUCGCAUUUGAGCAGUACCUCUAUGCUUAGCAGUAAUUAUGCAGCACCUUAUGGAAGAUUACGGAACAGGACCAGUGCUUGGUGUCCAAGAAGGUACGGACGUUAUAUGCCUCAUUACAAUCACAUUUCACGGAUCGAGGCACCAUUAAACAUUCUAGAAACGUCAACGUAACUAUGUGAAAUGAGCAACGUAGGAGAAUGGGGCAACGGCCUGUAAAAGGAUUUUGAAAGAGCUUUCAUUGUAUCAUAAGAUCUCCUCCAGUUAAAAAGUGUUUUACAUGGAUAAAAAAUAGAUACUCCAUCUAUAAGCCACUUUUAGCGUUCGCAGUUCAGCUUGGGUGAGAAACGGUAUGCACUUAAUUUUAUGCCAGGAUCAUACCUCAUAACCAGUUGAUAAAUAACAAGAAGAGGAAUUCAUAUUUACUCAAGUAAAGCCACGUCAAGUUUUCUGAAGUAUACAUAGGAAAAUACGCAACAGUGGAAAGUCACCCUAAAUGACCUUCCCGUCUUACACAGGUGAACGCAUAGUGCCCAUGCGUCGUUUGCGCAGAUGGAUUGAAGUUGCUACUGGCAAAAAAGGCGCGAAUCAGUUAUACGAGUUUCUCGCGUUUAUGCAAGAUAUGUUCGAAUAGCUGGUACAUUUCGCGUCUUAAGACGGUUCUUUAAUUUUUCUUCGUAUAAAUGGCCCCAUUAUUUACUUAUUUUGUGAACUUCUUGCUACAAAUGGACAGCAAACACGUAUGAUUCUGUUCGGUAAAAAAGUUAUGUGUGCUAUGUACUUUUGUUAUAUAUUUCAGUGAUGAUAAAAAUCCAUACUUUAAAGUUGAUCUUGGUUAUCCAGACGAAAUAAAAGGUGUGGCUACUCAAGGCAAAGAUAUCCAAGACGGGAAAUACUGGUUUGUGAGAUCAUUUGCGAUGAGUUUCAGCCUGGAUGGGAAAACAUGGUUUAACUACACUGGAGAUGGAUCGAGAACUAAGGUCAGCGUGGAGGAGGGCGUUCUCUAGUUUAUAUCCUAUUUAGUACACUUGAGCCAAACAAAUAACAAAAAAAAAACCGAAUUGAUCUUUAGGUGGAUAUGGAGAGAGCUAAGGAGAAAAUAAAGGAAUAACCUGGUGCCUUAAUCUAGCAAAUAAUUAAAUUGGCUUUAGGAUCAGUAAAAGAUUCUUGGAAGCUGUUAGCAUUUCAUUUCUACACGACCUAUAACCAAGACAUAAAGGAAGGAGGAAAAUGACAGUUCCAGAAAUUUGGAGGCUGCGCUGGAGACUGGGUGGGUUUAAUGUCGAAUUGCACUAUGGGACAGACUUGGAAGAAGAAUUUCGACCCAGUUUCUCGCACAACUUCGUAAUAGCCAAAAAAGGAAGUGACGACGUCCCAUAGUCCCAUAGUACAAUUCGACACCACCGAUCCAGUCUUCCGCUCAACCUUUAAAUUGCCUAUUAUCAGCUAAUGCUACUGGUUUUAUAUGUUUGUAUGCAGGUUUAGGCUUUGUGUACUCUAUAAAGGGGCUACGUCUCGAGGAUGUUGUUGUUCUGGGUCAAUUCUGUGCUGAACUCAUUACUUAGUACCUUUACCCAUACAUAAAAAUGCUCCAGUCCAGUUACCAUGCAUUGUCAAAUCGUAAAAUUUCAUUAGCGAGCACUAACAAUAAUAAUUUUUUUUUGGUGAAUUUGCAGGCAUAGUAUUAAAAAUUGAAAGCUUGUGCAUAACGUUUUUUUUAAGUUUCAUGAUCCAUGUCCAUCCUUGCCAUCCGUUGUAAUAGGCGACAGGAAACAUUUUCAAACCUAACAAUAGUCUUAAAUAACUAACCUGGACCAUUAUGUCUCGAAUUCAAUUGAUUGGAAAAAAGGUUUAGCUUUUUAAAGAGGUAGGAAAUAACACAACAUAGCGCCUUUAAGUUACUCUUGUUUCCGUCUCUGUUAAGAUCAAACUGCUGUGUCGUUCAACUAUUAUCUAACCCAGUUAACUGAGAUUGAUCUAACUUUUGGCUUACUCAUAUUUCCUAUUCAUAACAUUCUCAGAUAUUCAAUGGUAAUUCUCAUCCGUUAAUUGUGGAGCCAAAUCCAAUAGAACCCUCAGUCACAGCUCGAUACGUACGAAUAAAUCCAGUUAAUUGGAACCAGAAGCCUUGUCUUAGAUUGGAACUAUACCGAUGUUCGAUAAAAGACGGUGAGUACUAA